UAGACGCUUCUCGUCUUUCAUUAGCAAUUUUGACUUUCACAGACAACGAAAACCCUAAAAUUUAGCGUCAACAAUGGCCAUGAGAUCCCUCGUUGUUUCUCGGUCAGCUCUUUUACGUCUUUCCAUGGAUUCCUCAAGUUCUCGAUCAGCCUUCCGUUUUUUUAGUGACCAAGGUCGUGUCCUUAACGAUGAAGAACGUGCUGCUGAGAAUGUCUACAUCAGGAAAAUGGAGAAAGAGAAGCUGGAGAAGCAAAAACGCAAGGAGGAAAAGGAGAAAGCGGAGAAAGAGAAGGCCGAGAAGAAACCUUAGGUACCAGGGAGAUGUUCAUCACACACUGCUGCUGAAGCUGUUGCAAGUAUUUCAGAGAAGAAUAAUGUAUGUGAUUUUUAAAUGCUUUUUGUGGGUCUCUGUAUAGAGUGUGCUGACACUUCUGGAUAUUUCCUUGAUCAUGUGUUCUUGUAGUCAUGGCCAUGGGGUCUCCACAAGUUUAGUUUGGGACUGUACUUUCAGUGACUUAACUUAAUAGUUCCAUGAUUUAUUUUA